AUGUUUAUAUCUAUAUCAUCUGAUGAUGAUGGGCAUCUUGAAAAGGAGCAUGUUGCACGUAUGAAUUGGAAUCCCAUGCAAGAAGUUGCUAGAUUGCUCAGAUACCAUGCAGAUCAGGGCGACAUUCAAACGUGUGCGACAAUCGCUCUCGUUUGCGGUCGCCGACUUUCUGACGUUAUAGACGAUUUCACUGUUGAAGCUUGGCAAGAUAGCUAUAUGAACAUGCUGGAUCAAUUAGAACUUCACACUGCAAUUGCUGGCGUUAAGAAGUAUUCAUGGAUCAAAAGAGUGAAUCAAAGGUCACUUGAGGGUACUCAUUUUCGACUUUCACAUCGCGGUUGCACUGGGCAGACGCUCAAAUGUCGGUGCAUCAAAUGCUAUACUGUUUGCGGUGGAACCUGUUCCGUUUGUGAUGGAACGCUAUUACACAUGAGUUGGUUCUGUCGGAAGUGCCAUCAUGCCGCUCAUCCACAUCACAUACUUGAAUGGUUCACGACGGAACGGUUAUGUCCUGUUGGGGAUUGCAUGUGCGAAUGCGGAACAAAUAUUGUCCAAACUCCACAGGAGAAAAAGGCAAUUUCUGCAAAUAAUCAAGCACAUCGCGAAGCACUUCGAAUACGAAGUGAAAAUUGCUAUCUACCUUCAACGUCAACUAGUUUGCCUUACGAAAGCUCAUCGGAUAGUGAUGAUGAUUUAGACGACAUUCCAGGACACAACGGCGAUCAUUCCGUACCUCAAACUGCUUUUGACUUUGUAAACGAUAUCUUACAGUCUCAAACGCCCGAGUAUCUUGAAAGUGUUGAGACACCCGCAUGGAGAAGUAAUCUGACCUUACCCAUGGAAAAAGAUUUCUUAGAGGUGGGCACAUUGAACAAUUUUUUUUCGGAGAGGAGUUUUUUUGAUGACGAAAGUGAAAAAAAAGUUUUUAAAAAGAAAAAAAGCUUACACUGAUA